AGCGCCUGGGAAGCCGAUCGGGGCGCAGCAGGAGCGGAUCGGGGACGGGGAUGCUCGCCCGGCUGGGUAACCGGCGUCCCGGGGAGGCGGUGGAGCUCUAGGCCGGCUGCUUUUCGGUUCCUCGGGGGCGUCGCCGGCUGCGGAGAGGCGGUGAUGCGUCGUGCGGGGAUGAGCCACCCGUCAAGAACAAAAAUUCAGCAAUGAGAAGGUUAUGGACUCCCAUUUCACAUGACCUGUGGAGGAAAUGACCAGAAAUUGAAGCAAAUAAAGAGAUGUUGAGAGCCUGAAGACAAGACUGGCAGACUGGCAGAGAACAGGAACAUGUGUUCUAAAGAGCCAAAAAUUGUCGCCAAGAUCAAAAAAGUAACUGGAAUUUCCACCACCUAUUAAUCGCUUCUCAAAAGGGCACAGGAUAUUCGGACGCCAUGACGGUCACCCUCGUCUGCGAUCCGUCCGAAGCCACGGAGCUAUGCGCGUCUCAACAGCUUUACCUGAAGCCGGUGGCGAAACUGACAAUCAGCGUGGUGCUUCCGGAACACACCGGAUCGACCCGGGCUUUCUCCAAGUGGGAAGUGAUGGAGAAGCUGAAGAACAUGAUCUCGCCGGAUCAGUUCACCAGCGUGAAGGUGUCGAAGAGCACCAAGGCCUUCAUCCGGUUCGAAGGAGAAGCCGAAACCAAGCGUUUGGUCUCCAUCCUGAAGGAGAAGCUCCACGGCCAACUGAUCAAGCUGAACGGAUUUAAGGAAGACCUGCAGGUGGUCGCGACGGAAGCCCCCCCCGACGGCCCGCCUGCUCAGGAAUCCGAGCCCCAGGCCAAGACCCGAAAACAGCUGGAGGAGGAGCAAAGCCGGGCGGUUCCCGACUGCGUCCACCUGGAAGGCCUGCCGUGCAAAUGGUUCGCCCCCAAAGGUUCGGAUAGCGAGACCCCCAGCGAGGAGGUUUUGAGGGCGGUCUUUGGAACUUUCGGGAAGAUCAAGAACGUCGACAUCCCCAUGCUGGACCCCUACCGGGAAGAAACGGUGGGAAGAAGCAGGAAUCACUUCGUUUUCCGCGGGAUGAGGUCCUUCGAAGCCUUCGUCCAAUAUGAGGAGCCCGAAUCGUUCGCCAGAGCCAUGGAGGCGCUGAAGGGCAUGAAGCUGAUGUUCAAGGGGGACGACGGCAAAGCUCUGGCAUGUAACAUCAAGGUUCCGUUAUCGCCUAGAAAAAGACGGGAAGACGAGGACAAGAAAGGCGGAGAAGGACGGAGGAGGUCUAAGAUCAAGAGGCGAGAAAAAAGGCGCAUCGACCGAGAGGAGAAACGCCCCAGGAAGCAUAUGAAAGCAACAGCUGCAGAAGGACUGAACUCCCCAGAGCUGCCUGAAUGGGAGGAGAGAAAAUACCUCUUAGCUCAGAGAAGGGUGGAGUCAAUCAGGCUCCUCACAGUGCUGCUAAGCCAAAUAAAAAAUUUUGUGCUGUCCUCUGGGCAAACAGAGGCCCAUCUCCCGGAGCCUCAACCCGAAGAGGAGAUGAUUUCCUCCAUCCCUCCCGUAGAGGACACGCACAAGGAGGAGACAGAUGUGCCUGACCUUGAACUUCCAGAAGCAGAGGAUGUGACUCAACCUGUCUGUCCUUCUGCCCUGCUGGAAAAUGUCGCGAUCCAAGAAGAGAAAGAAGAACAAUUCCUGGCUGAAGACUCGCCGCCCUCCCCUCCUUCCUUUAGGAGAGCUCUUUCGAACGAACCCGCUGCUAGGGCCGUCACCAGCCACUUAACGGAGAACGUUGCCCACCCCUUUCACGCCGGGGGCUUGCUGCAAGUGACAGUCACUCAGGACUGCCAAGCGAUCGAGUCGUCCCCUGACAGGUGGGAGUACCUGAGAUCCCACUUGGGGUCCUUCGUAGAUGCUCCCGACGUAGCCAAGGCGAAGAAGCAAAAGGUUUAUGAAACGGAGGAAUUCAUACAUUAUUUACUGAACUACUACCAAACGCCCCGAUACGCACGAAUCUGUCCCAGCACACAAAGCCCGUCAGAUACAUCUUGGUGGAACAGGGUAGUGUCCUGUUCCGGAGACGGCUUCCGGGUCAAACUGAAGAAUAGAGACGAAGAAGACUGUUGGACGGAAGAAAGUUUAGGAUCGGAUCUUCCUAAAAACGAGCCUCGAGAGGAUGACGAGGGUGACCCCUGGGAAAUAAUCGACGGACGGUCCGAGCCUGCAGAAGACCAGGCGUGCCCUCAAGAGUUUAGCGAAAGUUACCAGGGAGAAUGGGACAAUUCCCUGGAGGAGGAGGAGGACAGUGUCGGCUCCCCGCCGGACAUCUUGCAUAGCCCCAUCCCAGGAGGACGCAACAAUAUCGCUCGCCCAAAAACAUCCCAAGAACAAACCACCGAAAUGACAGCCUUGUCGUCUCCCACUAUGUAUAAACUGAAAGACCUGCUGGAAGAGAUCAGCAGCGAUUCGGAAUAUUUCAGCGAGGCACUUAACGAACCCCGGAACCCGUCGGAACAAAGAAACGGCGGCUACCAAGGCAGCUGCAAGACGUGGCCUCUCCAUCAUCACCAGCAGAAGGCCAAAGAACUCUUCAUACGCGUCCAGAACGUGGGCUACGAGGGCCACGACGGGAGACGGGGCGCCCGUAGCUUCUGCUCCGGCGCAGAAUGCUGCGACUCCCCUGCAAUGAAGCCCGAGACAAGGUUCAAAAGAUCCGGUGGCAAACUCUGGUACGAAGAGCCGAAAAUCCAAUGGCUGUCCAGCGAAGAGGAGAGAGACCUCAGCAGGAAGAAGAAGAAGAAGAGGAAAAGGUUCUCCGACAGCUCCUUCCCGGACGAGGAGGCUCAGUUCCUCGAAACCAACCACCGCGGAGAGUUGGAAGCCUUCAGCGAGAUCCAGAGAAAAUGUAGCAAGCUCAUCCAUCACAAAGUGAAAUGUAAGACUCUCCGGGCCUUGGAUGGGACCGUCGGAAUAAAAGACCUCAUCCAUUUUAGUGCCUCUCCACCGCAGGAGGAAGCUCAACGGGGGACAACGGGUAAGUGGAACGUGGACGUCGGCGAGAGAAGGCACAAAGCCGAAGAUCGGCAGAGACUUUCCAGGCGCCUGGUGGAAAGGUGAUAAUAGAGGGGCAGCUCAGGGAUGGAGUAGAAACGGCGGGAGGGUGUGGACGGAGGAACGUGGCCUCCAAAGAACUCGAUAGAUAAAGCAAGUCAACGUUUUAACGGCGCCUCUAGACAGGGGGGGCCGAGCAACUCCUGAAAACAAGAAGACCCCCCUCAACUCUUUUGAGUUCCUUGCCUUUCUCCCCUGCUUAGCAGGGUCCUUUCCUAUUGAAGAAGCAGCUGGAAAAACGGUUCACCGGUGGGUGUUAUUUCCUGUCGAAAUAAUCCAGCUCAGCUCAUGUCUGGACUCCUCUGUCUUUGGCGUAAACCUUGUGGAUGGGGCGGGGUGGUGGUGGAGAGGAUGCUAGUUUGGUUGAUUCCGACGGGAUAGCGGGAGCCUUGGAAACGAUUCGAGCAGAAGUUAAGUCGUUUUAUACAACUCCUCUAAAAGGGCUUCUCUGCAGAGCCUGAACUUUUGAUAAUAUUACCUUGGGGGCUGGUUGCAGUGUGUGUGUGUGUGUGUGUGUUUGUUUGUUUGUUUGUUUGUUUGUUUACCUUUGGGUGUGCUGGGUCUCCUCUGCAUGCUGGAAAAGGAAGAGCAGCAUGGGCGAGACAACUCUUCGCUUCAUCAAAAUAGGUGGCAGGGUGUCCGUUUACCGGAUUUGAGGUCUGUACAACCCCCCCCCUCCCCUGCUUUUUUUUUUUUUUUUUUGAAUGACCGUACAAUUCGGGAAGUCGUGUGUGGGUCACCCAAUCGUUCCAAGAAAUCUUGAUUUCAAGUCCCGUCCGUCCGUCCCCCCCAUUCAAAGGCCGAGCGUCUCCCCAAUAUUGUCAGAAAGAGAAACCGGGCAGGAGAGAGAGAAAAUACCAAUAUUUGUAAUAAGGCAGAGAAGGAAGAGGUUUUAUAAUUUAACCACACACACACACACACACACACACACAAAAGAGAAGAGAUGAGAAAAGCUUUAUCCAGGAUUGCACAUUGGUGAAAUUCUGUCUUGAUCUCUGCCAAUUUCCAGAUCCCCCCACUUUGGAAAAACUGGGUAGCCAAGAUAACCCCGUGUUUCCAAUCUGCUGCUUUUCUCACCUUAUUCUGACCAAAAAAUAAAGCUUUGUGUUGACUCAUCCAUUUUCCUGAUCUAAGAAAAAAAAUCAAAACUCUUUAAUCUCACGGAGUUUAAAAUGCCUUCAGAAUUGCAGGGCUCCACCAACUCUCCCUGCAUAUUACUGAUCUAAAUAAUCCCUUGAAACUGCCAUGAGAUCCUGGAUGGCAGAAGGAACGUUGAUAGGAUGAAGGUAUGGGCCCGUUCCCAUGUACCGGACUAACAGCAUCGUUGGAGGAAGGGGUUUAAAUUGGCAGAAAGUGGGAAAGCAUUAAAUCUAACUAGUGUUUUCCAGCUUGCAGCUUUCGUCCAUUUAAUCCCCUUCGGCUCCCUGUCUGAGAACCUUUGUGUGUUUAAAAAAAAAAAAACCACACACACCAAGAGCUUAACUUGCAAAUCUUCUUCGUUGCCAUCCACUUUGAUCCUGAUUUAACGUACUGUGCCCAGAAAGUUAGGGUUUUGCACCUGAGAUAAGUAAGAGCUCGCAUUCAAGCUCCAGGGAAGUCCUCCUCAGGCCUCCUCCAGUGUGGAUCUUCCCUUCCUUUGUUGGGUGUGUUGCCGAUUUAGUGACUUUGCAAGAACCCCACGGUGGGUUUCAGUCGGGUUUCUUCGUAGGAAGACCCCAAAGACUGAACGUAGGUUUUUCACGGAGACAUUCUUGGCAUCCCGUUGAACAAAAGUUGGUUUGAACAGUAAAACGGAGUUAUUGAAAGCUUCUUUGUUGAUGUUUGGGAAUCCCAUUAGCAAGACAAAAGCCUCCAAACACAGAACUGGUGAAAAAUACCCCACUAGAUUAAAGGGACCCCCUCUUCCAUGGCCGUCGCCAAAUUUGGUGAUUUGGCAGUUCUCUGAGGGUGCCUACUAAACGGUCUCACCCUGGACCGCAGGACCGUAAUUUCUUAAAGAGAAGAAAUUCCACGCAGAGGGGGAAAAAAACAAGACCUUUUGAUUCCAGUUUCCGCUUCACUUUAAACGUGAUUUAUUUAUUCCAUGUCAUAGUACUUUUUCGUGAUAUGACUUAGUUAGCAAUACGUUUGUUAUAAACUUUGGCUCCGAUAAAAGUAGUGACGAAACAAAAGUAAGCAGGGAUUUUUCUGUGCUUGAGGCUGUUUUUUUUUUCCCCCCCACAUGUCCUGCUGGUCAUCGGUGGUGGUUUCUUUCGGCUUUUGAAAAGUCCCAACUUUAAAACUCUCUAAAGCUAAUCUUUUCUUCUUUACUCUGGUGAGGGGAAAGAAAUGCGUUUCCUGAGCGGGUGAGUGAAAAGUAUUUUUCUCUAUAAAGAACUUUUUUGUACUUGCAUUGUUUCUUAGCCCUCUGGAUCCAAUGGAAAGUUAGCUGUGAAUAAAAUUUGUUUUAUAGGAAACAUCCGUCUGGGGACUACGGCGAUGUUUUGUUUUCAUUGCAGACACAAUUUCUGGGGUCCCCCCCCCCAUUUCGAGUCUUUCUCUCUUUCGUCUUUGUUUGGAACUGAUUUGCAGAUGUGCAUACUCCUUUUGAAUAAAACGUUUGCGCUCACUUUUAAAAA